AUGUCGGCCUACGCUCGUCAACCCGACGCAGACGAAGACGAAUUCGAUUCUCUCUUCGAUGAUCAAAGCUUACUCGACCCGGAGCUCGAAGAGAGCCUUGCACAGGCUGAAGCCAACUACUCUGCUUCUCAGGCCGUCCAGCAGCCAGCCUCACACGCUGCAGCGCCAAAUGCGAGCUUCACCUUUCGUCUUGAAGCUGAACCACCACGACCCGCAAGACGCAUCGGCACAUUCGUCCAACCGCCAUCGAAGAAGCAACGCCUGGAUCCCGGACCUUCCAAUCUCAGCCGAGUCGCCGCUGCGUAUCGCGAACCAGAGCCAGAUCAGGUCAUCGUCCGCAACUUCAGAGAUGAAGAGUUCGCCGACAAUGAUGAUGAGCAGUGGUGGGCGGGCAACCAUGCGCUCGACCAAGUAGAGGAGGAGGCAAUCCGCAUGUCUCAGCAGAUGCCAACAUCGCAGCCGCAUCAAUCGAAUGCGGAUCACAACCAGGACGUAGCACGGAAGCCGCAACGUCGAGGUCGACCCUCGGCUAUCUCUGAGGAGCCACCAGAUCCAAUCACCGUCACCGACGCAGCGCACCAAGGUCAUGUUGGCGCCGACACCGAGGAGCUCGAGCAGCUGCGUGCCGAGGUGGAAAGGCUGCGAACUGCACAGAAAGCGCAAGAAGAGACGGUCGACAAGCUUAGGCAAGAGGCGUAUCGCAAAUCGGGAGAAGUGGCUGUGGUCAGGCAGAACUUGACCAAGCUCAAUCAGGAGAACUCCAAGCUUCGAGAGCGAGAAGUCGUGCGGGAGCAGGAGCAUCGUGCCGCGCUCGAUCGCUUGCAGAAGGAUCAAGAGCGUCGGCUUCAACGACUCGAGACAGAGACCGCCUUCCGCAGGGUCGAACAAGAUACCAGCCGUCGGAUAUGGCCCUCCAGCGUAGCGCGACUGCCUCCUGUAGGCCUUCGCGACGUCGACAGGAGGCAGGAGAGCCAGGUGAGAGCCGGCCUCACAACCCCGACGAAGGCCAACCGCUUUGGUAUCCGAGGCGGAAGCGGCAGCUCUGGCAACCGUCAACGCUACGCAGGUAUGGAUGUCGACCGCGAGGAGCCUGGGACACCAACGAGAUCGGCCGCCAAACCUCUGCCGCAGUUUCCUCGGCCACCCACGGCCGCCACAUCUGCAUCCAAGGCAAAAGCCUUCCGAGGUUUGCAGAACUCCUUUGCCGACUUUGGUCCUGUACAGGAGAAGGUACGACAACAGAGAGAGUCGCCCGUCAAACCUUCAGCCAAGGCCAAGCAAUCGAGCGCUCUGGCUCCGGCUGUAUGGGACGGGGACCAGUCUCAAAUGGCGGCGCACGAUCACGAUGAUGACUUCGCCAUGGCGGACGACCACCCGCCACCCUCUGUCAGAAAGAACGCACCAGUGCCCGCCACCAUCCAUGAUGCAGACAAAGCCAAGGAGCACCACUAUCUCGCAGCGAUGUCCGAGAUUCUUUCUCGUCGUACCACUAUCGUCUCGCUCUUGCUCAGCCACGCAUCGACUCCUGCUGCUGCGCCUGCUUCUUAUCCGUCGAAUCGCUUCAAUCCAUCUGCCUCGUCACCUCACGCAAGGACGCCAAAUUCAACAGAGGAUUCCGCCUUUAGCACCAGCACACUCAGCCGCCUCAUCUCCGCCAAUCUCGUUCAAGGAUGCCCGGAUCUCCUGCUCUUUCGCUACCGAAAGGCGGUCGAAUCGCUGCUCACCAGUCUCAGCAGCGCCAGGGUCUUGGAGCCGGAGGAACGCGAAGAUGCCUUCCGUCUACUGUCCGCCGACGGCAGUGGUGGAGCAAUCGAGGAGCUCGACUUUUCUUCCGCGACGAUGCAUCUCUCGCACGCCAUUGCCUCUUCGCUCAUGGUCAUGGCCGGCGUGCUACUGCGACUGUGUCAGACCGAUCUCUUAACUGACGUUUUGCGUCUGGUUUCGUGCCUCGUCUCGACGUUGCCGAGAUUCUGGUUGGAUCUCGAGUGCCUCCAGACGGAUCAAGAAGCUAGGCGCGAUGAGAUGGCUUUUCUCGGUAUCGACGAAGAGGUCUUCAAUGCGGAGUGGGCACAGUAUAGUACGCCAAUCCAUGUGCGCGAGAUCUUGGCUCAGUGCGUGGCUGAUUGCCGAUCUUCAGGCACGCGAGCGCGCUCGGGCAGCAACGGCGUCUCGCAUGACGAAAGCCAUCAAGACGACGACCUAGACAUGGACUCCCCAGCCAAGGAACCGGGCGGCGGAGUUGGGCUUGGUAGCUGGACUUUGUCGUCGGAGGCUCGCGAGGAUCUGCUGCAUGAGGCCGUGCAAGUUCUCCGCGCCAUGUGCGAAUGUCCUGAAGCGAGUCUGACGUCGAGCGUCCAUCCUCUUCGACUGCUUUCUCGACCAGGCGUGCUUCACAAGCUCUUGCACCCCGAUCGAUCUACUUUCAUCCUCUUCAACGUCGUACGCAUGCUCAGCUCGGCGGUCUCUAAUGCUCCUUUGAUUCACGAAUGCCUGGCAACAAAAUCGGACUUUCGAGAAGCCAGUCGGUCGAGUCACCAUUCGACAGCGCCACGCGCAAAUGCUCGCUUCCCCGUCCUCGAACUGCUCGUCAAGCAUCUGGUCGACCGACGCUUCGACAUGGCAGAGAGCGAAUGGCAUCAUCUGCACCGCGCUAUCCUCACGUUCCUGACGCAAGCCGCGCUUCGCUCAGCAGACACACUCAUCGUCCUGGCCGACAGCGCGGCGCUCCUCGCGGCCUUGAUCCGGUGUCUCUCGCUCGAUUCCGACUUCGUCUGGCUCCAGAGCCGUCCAACGUUCCUACUACCGCCACGCAUGCCGACAUACCGUCGCGGAUCCUCCCACGCCACCCCCGAUCCUUCCGGCGCAGAUCUCGUCCAAGCAACCGAACGCAUCGUCAUGGAUGUUCGCCUCCUGAACCUGCUGUACAACUACCCGCUCCCCAACGCCACCGGCCAGUCCCAUCGCUUCGAACCCUCGAGUCAAGCACAGGAGCGCAUGGGAAGCAUCUCCCUAGCCAACAAGCUGGACCAGCCCGAGACGUAUAGCAUGCUCAACGGCAUUCGGCAGAGCUUUGUCGUCGCACUUUCACGGAUUGCUUUCUGCUCGGAGCCGGAUUGGAUCGCGACCGAGCGCAAAUUGCUUGUUUUAAUCCUGCCGGGACUGCGUAAAGAGGGACAAGGGGAGGAGAGGGUGCGAGAGCAGGUGGAGCAGAGUGUCAAGGGGCUGGAUAGGGUGUCGAUGCUGCUGGAGGCGAUCGCAGAUGUGGCGGGUGAUCUGGUGGAUAUCGUGUUGAGUCCAGAGGAGAUCGAUAGUGUUUAUGAGCUGUUGGUGUCUGAAGAGGACGAGGAGAUGGAUGUGGAUCAGGAAGAUGUGCCGCGUGGAGAGCCCGAAAAGAAGGCGACGGAGGAGGAUAUGGGGAGCGAGACGGAGAGCGAGCCCGAGCUGAAUGUGGAUAGGGGCGCGGGAGGGAGGAGUGCGAGGGCGAGCAAGUCCGUUUCGCCUAGGAAGGGGGCUAGGCCGAGCACGUCGCCACGGAAGAGUGGCGUGGAAGAGGUCGAUGUCAUUGAGAUCGAUGAUUCGGACUGA